AUGGCGACGGUGAAGGCUGAGCUCUCCGUGGCACAGGUGGAGAUGCACAGCGACCAUUUUGGAUUCCCCUUUGUGACCACAGAUGUGCUGUGCCAGAGUCCAUCUAUGUAUAAUGUGACACAUGUCACUAUAUCAAUACAUUCAGAUAUCAAAGCCACCCAAAACCAGCACUUCCUGUCCAUACAAAACAAAGAACUGAGAGAGGAGAAGAUAUUUCCAUACAACUUUACAGUGUGCAUCUCCAACCUUUUCGGGGGCUAUAACAAUGUCCUGCAGUUUGUCCAAACUAUGGAGAUGUACAAACUCCUUGGGGUGCAGAGAGUGGUUAUCUAUAACACCAGCUGUGGUCAGGACUUGGAACCAGUGUUAGUUCACUACAGGGAAGAGGGUAUACUGGAAGUAGUAGAAUGGCCGAUUGAUCAGUUCCUCAACCCAUCCAAAGGCUGGAGGUUUGAGGAGCACAAAGGAGAUCUCCACUACUAUGGGCAGCUGACCACUCUGAAUGAAUGCAUCUAUAGAUACAUGUACCAGUCGAAGUAUGUACUUCUUCAUGACAUUGAUGAGAUCGUGAUGCCUUACCAACAUGCCAAUUUGCAUCUACUACUGGAGGACUUUCAACACCAGCACCCCAGAGUAAGAUUCUUCCUCAUCAAGAACCACAUAUUCCCCAAAAACCAUUACGAAGACAGUGGCAAGUUCAAACUGCCACAAUGGAGGGAAAUUCCAGGGAUCAAUAUCCUGGAGCAUAUUUACAGAGAACCCUCGAGAGAAACUGUUAUCAACCCUACCAAACUGAUUGUCAACCCUAGACAUGUAGUACAGACAUCUGUUCACUCUACUUUAGGGGAGACCUUCUGGGUACCACCUGAUGUGUGUCGGCUAGUACACGUCAGAGUUCCCCUACAAGGGAGCCUCACUAAAGAUCAGCUGCUUGUAGACAAAAAGCUGUGGGAAUAUGAACAGGAGCUGGUUCAAAAUGUUGACAACACUUUAAGGAAAUCUGGACUGUUGAGAGAUUCAAAUUUCUUGCCGUCCACAUCACCAACAAACUAA